CUGUACCUAAGCUACACUGUAUCUUCCAACAGAUCCGGAUUUUGUACACAUAUAAUUGCCGAUAGCCCGCAGAGCUAUUACCUCCUCACCUCGUCGAACUGAGAUUGAUCGCUGGCUGAUAUGUCCAACAAGCGGAAUGCCGAGCAGGCUGGCUUCGACUCCUACCACGACAAUGAAUUGCUGAGAUGCGAUGAUACAUUUACCAUCGAUGAUCCGUCGCUUCUUCAGGACUUGUCGUUUGCUGAAUUCAUUGAGCAGGCGACUCCAGGGCAAGCCCAGGAUGCUGUGUUCCCUUCUGCCGAGGUUACUGCUGAAUCCUCAAGGGCUGCGGUUGAAGCCGCAGGAGAGACGAGAGAUGCUACAGCUCAGCAAACUGCGCAGCCGUCGCCAAUGAAGAAAUCCCGAAAGAAAAAAGUAGAAGGGACAAAGGAGAGCAGAGUGGCCAGAUUGGACAGGCAGAAAAAAUCCGCUGAAAGUGAUGAGACUUUGGUUGAUGACUUCCGUAAUCCCUACGAGCCAGAAGUUUAUGACUUAGAAGGAGAAGACCCCGCCAAUCUAAAGCCAGCAAAGUACACAAUGUCAAAACCCAAGAAAGAUAAGACUGGCAAAUGUGGGACCGAAGAUUCUAAGCUUGUGGACCUGCGUCCAUAUUACCAUGAAUGGCAGAGGUGCAGGAAAGUGAAUGCACAGAUAAUUUGGUACAACAAAAACAAAGACAGGCCGAAGGAUAACCAGGCAAAUAAGCCUUACUCAAGAGCCACAGCAGCUUGUGACCGUUGCAUACACACCAGGUCAAAAUGUAACAGUGCGGGGGACACGCGAUGUGAUAAUUGUAUAAAUUCAGGAUCCAGAUGCACUGAAACGAAUUGGUCUACAGGGUACAGUUAUAUCCGCGGGCAACGAGCCGCAGUGAUACGAAAGUUUGAGACGCUAGAGAAAAGCCUUGGAGAAAAAGAUGCUGAGAUAGCGUUGCUACAAGAACGAUAUAGAAGGCUGCAAGAAGGUUAUAAUAAGUGGCAAGCAUGGGCUGUAUCUUCUAGAAAACUUUAGACAACAGUAUAACCGGCUUAUCUCUCCGAGUACCAACGGUGCACCACCCCGUUCCUCCCAUGUCCCUAAUCGAAUUUCUAGAAACACAGGAUAUCGCAGUAAUAACGGAGGGAACAACGUUGCGCGAAUCCCAUCUAAUGGGAGCGAUGGUCCCAACCAAGAGAACCGAGAACUUGGCCCAACA